AUGGACUCAAUUCAAGAGGUUGCCCAAAGUAGAGUUUUGGACUCAGAUCACCAGUCUUCUAAACUUCAAUCCAAGUCGACAAAAAGAUCCUUACAUCAUCCAUCCUUGUUGGAGAAUCGCCCACCGAAUUCUCUUUCAACCUCCAUCUUUGGUCGUCACGAGCCGGGACAAAUAAACACAAUCGAGCUAUAUUUCCUCUAUUGCAUGACUAGCCGUCGUUGGUCUUGCCCUGGUUUCGCAACCUUUUUCUUGGAUAAAUGUGACAGCAUACGCACAAAGACCAAUGGCAACAUUUGCACUGGAGGUCUCAUUACCCUAAUUGGUUUGGGUAUAGGCCUUCAAUUUCCUGAUUCUGAGUAUGUGCCAGUAGAUGACCCACCUCUCUACCUCCUCGACUGCUUCGCUCUCACCCGGAUGGAAUUAUUGGUACCUUUCAACAAUCGUCAGUACUCUUGGUUUAAUCAUGUCAAGGAAUCAGUUUACAUCUUACCUAAUAUCAUCAUAUCCUCCUUUACCCCAGCGACCCCGAAACUUGGUUCUUGCCUGAAGAGUUACAUGAUGAUGAUGCAGGAUAUGAAGAUGACAUGCAGUCAGCUUGUUGCCUUACACCUCCAGGGCAACCGAAAUACAGUAGCCAUUUGGCGCAUCGAGGAGCAGGAAGCUCGCACCAACAACUACAUGGAGGAUCUUUGGCAUCAUUUUCAGCCCGAAGGCGGUUACCGUCCUCGUGGGACUCCUCCACCUGGAUCCCGGUACGAUCCUUCCCUACUCUCAUCCUAA